AUAUGAAGUGGAUUCAGCUCAAGUGUGUUUCUGCGCGCGCGCGCGCGUGCGUGUGUGUGUUUGACUGGAGAGACGAGCAGGAGGCGACAUGCGCGCAAAAGUUACUGCGCAGGGUCAGAAAUAAAUGUAAAGAAGCUGCGUCGCCUCUCCUGCCUGAAAUAAAACAUAAAUAAGGCUUCUGUUUAGUUCCUCUUCUGAUCUGAGAGGAGGAGGAGGAGGAGGAGGAGGAGGAGGAGGAGGACCCGGCCGGAGCAGACAGGACGCGUAGAUCACAUCCGGGGCUGGUUUAUUCUAAUAACCCGAAACGACCAACCCGGAAAAAAGACAAGUCUGCUGUAAUCCGAUCACACAAACAAACAGACGGGAGUGUGGGAGUGAGGCUGCACGCCGGCCUCGUUAAUGCGCGCUGAUUGUGGAAGUUGCUCGGACUUUUUUAGCUGACUAUGAUCCGGACCGCCGUCCGGACUCGACUCUCUGCUGUCUGCCGCUGCGGCGCUGCGCGGGGCGCUGGCUGUGGCGCACACUGACUCUCCACAGCAGGUGAUAUGUGAUAGCAGCAGCAUGCCGUACGUGGACCGGCUGAACCGUGUAUGCGGCUUCCUGGACAUCGAGGAGAAGGAGAACAGCUGCCGCUUCCAGAGGCGAUACUUCAUCCUCGACACGCAGGGAAAUUCUCUGCUGUGGUAUAUGGACAACCCUCAGAACCUGCAGAGUGGAGCCAGUUUUGUUGGCAGCCUGAAACUAACCUACAUCUCCAAGGUGAGUGAAGCGACAGUGAAGCAAAAGCCGAAGACAGAGUUCUGCUUCGUCAUCAAUGCCGUCUCUCGGCGGUACUUCCUCCAAGCCAACGAUGCGACUGACAUGAGCGAGUGGGUGGCUGCUCUCAACAAGGCCAGCAAGAUCACUGUUCCCAAACCCGGCCCGGCACAUCCGCGGUCCGACGUGACCGCAGUAAUCAACGACACUCAGAGAGGGAAGAGGCAGCAGGCCUACAAGGCGGAGAUCAUCGGUGGCGUGGUCGUGCACACUCCCAUCCAGAAUGAGGGUGAAGACACAGACGGCAGAGAGAGGAAGGGCAGCAGGCCGGGCGCGCUGAGGUGUGGUUACUGUGUCAAACAGGGAAAUGUGAGGAAGAGCUGGAAGAGGAGGUUUUUCACCCUGGAUGACAACGCAGUCAGUUACUACAAGUCUGAGACGGAUAAGGAGCCUCUCCGAGCUAUUCCACUAAGGGACAUUCAGAAGGUCCACGAGUGUCUCGUCAAGUCGGGGGAUCUCCUGCUGAGAGACAACCUGUUUGAGAUCAUCACCGGCUCCCGGACCUUCUACAUUCAGACAGACUCUCCAGAGGAGAUGCAAGGUUGGAUCAGGGACAUCGAGCUGAAGAUCCAGGACUUCAGAGGUCCUCCGAAGGGUUUCUCAUUCAGACGUGCGUCCUCGUACUAUAAAAGUCACAAUUCCUCUCUGGGGUCUCGAGGUCAGCAGGGCGACGAGCGCAGACCUCAGCUGGUCAAGUCCUGCUCCGUGGCCCCCGGCUGGCAGCCCUGGAUGCCCGUCCCGUCGUGCGAGCCCUCCAUCCUGGACGCGGAGGAUGAAGACAGCGCCUUCAGCUCCGUGCCCACCCUGCCCUCCCUCUCCUCCUCCUCCACCUCCUCCUCCACCUCAUCCUCCUCCAACUCCCUCUCCACCCCGGCCCCUUGCCCCACCGUGCCUCCAGCGACUUCCAGCAGCGGACUGGGGAUUGUUACAGCCACAGGCGACGUGGCCUGCGGGCGCCGGAGGCACCGCUCACAGCCUCAGCCGCACACCGGCUUCCCCUUCAGCCUGGAUGACGACGGCAUCCGGACCACUGACGUCUAGUUUCAAUGAAGUCUGUCGAGUGUUGGUACCUGCUUUAAAAAACAAAUGAAUGUGACUGGUAAUAAUAGUAUUCCCUGCUAAUGAAGUGACACUGUGAACGUCUGCGUCGAUAUCACGGCGUGAGUUUGGGGCCCCCUGCUGGUCGAAGGAUGCACCCAGCUGGAAGAGGACCGAGGGGCGCCUGUGAAGAAGAGUGUUUCUAGUGCAACUUCCUCAGAAAACUUGAAUAAUCUCGUUUUUUUUUUUUAUUAAUUGUUUCCUGCAGACAAAUUAUGGCACAUGCUUUCAAUCCGUUGCACUCGGCUCCUGCUCACCCUUCCUCCCUGCUUAAAGUAUUCAUCAAUAAGUCUUUUUUUUUUUUUUAACACAGUAUCCGACGUUUUUAUAAUCAAACUCUUGUUCACUAAAUAUUUUUAUUUCCUUUUUGAGCCCAGCAGUGUUUUAACCUUCUUUUUUUUCCUUCUGAGAUGCACAUUAGCCUCACAUCAACUUUUCUGGAUUAUAAUAAAUUAACAAGCAAUUCAUUAGUAACAUUUAAUCGGGUUUCUGACGGGAGCAAAGAAUCCUGCAGGUGUCAUUAAACCAAGAAAAACGUACACAUGCCAACUGACUGACAGAUGAAGGAGAGGACGGUGGAGUCAGCAGCAAGUUUUUAAGUGUUCGGACUAUAUUUUUUAAACAGGAGGGUUUUUUUAAAAAAAAAAGAUCAUUUGUCAGUAAACUGACUCCUUUUUUUAAACGCGGUACCGUAAAAAUAAUACAGCAGCAGUGUUUGGAUGGUACUUGUUACUGCCAGCGUCCACAGCUUUUGUGUAAAUGUGAUUUUUCUAACUGCGUCGUUACGUUUGGGGGGGAAACUGUGCCACUACUUCUGUUAAUUUAAUUGUAAUUCCCGCACUUUGCUUUUUUCGUUUUUUUCCUUGUGUUUUGUUUGUGUCGCAGCCUUCCUGAUACGAUGCCUUCAGACACUUUGUGUCGAUGUUGUACGACGGUCGUUUCAGCGCUCCUCAGGUUUCUCCUCCAGGCCUCGCUGACGUGGUACCAUGUUCCUGUUCGUGUCUGUUUCCUUUUUUUUCUGAAGCUGUGUGCCCUCGUUUCUCUGCGUGUAAUGUUAAUUUUCUUGCUUGUACAUUAAAGGAUGCUUUUCUUUGUUUUG